AUGAUCAACAAAUUUUUAUUGAUUCUUUUACCAGCGGAAUCUAUCGUUCUCCAGUUCAUUCCUUAUUAUGACGGAUACCGCCAAGAAGGUGAACACAGGUGCAGCUGCAAAAACAACGACAGCUGCAGCCAAAACCAAAAAGGCCGUUCAGAAACACGUCGUCUUCGUUCACAAUUACAAGCAACUAAGAACAAGAAAUACAAACGUUUAGUUAUUUUCAAACGUGCCGAAAAAUACACUAGCGAAUACCGAAAGAAAGAACGUGAUUUAAUUCGUCUUAAGCGCUCAGCUAAAGUGCGUAACAACUACCAUGUUGAAGCUGAACCAUCACUUGCUUUUGUUAUCCGUAUUCGUGGUAUUCGCGGUGUGCAUCCACGUGUCAAGCAGGUUCUUCGUCUCUUCCGAUUACGUCAAAUCAACAACGGUGUCUUUGUUAAACUUAACAAGGCUACUGUUCAAAUGUUACGUAUCGCGGAACCGUACAUUGCAUGGGGCUAUCCAAAUUUGAAAUCAGUUCGGGAGCUUAUUUACAAACGAGGCUUCGGAAAAGUGAACAAACAACGUAUACCAUUAUCUGAUAAUAGUAUCAUCGAAAAAGCUCUCGGCAAACAAGACAUCAUCUGUAUGGAAGAUCUUGUUCAUGAAAUCUUCACUGUGGGAGAAAAUUUCAAAAAGGCUUCAAACUUUCUCUGGCCAUUCAAACUCAACAAUCCAAAAGGUGGAUGGCGCAAGAAAGCAAAUCACUUCGCUGAUGGAGGUGAUUUCGGAAAUCGUGAACAAUACAUCAAUCAAUUGUUGCGUAAAAUGACUUAG